AUGAGCAACCGCACAGCACGUCCAUCUAUCUUCGCAUCCUGGAUGAACAGAUUCGCACACCUGCUGUUCAGCACGCAGUACUUCUCCUUCCACUUCAACAACUGCUGCACGUAUAUCGGUGUUGUUCGACCUUCUCUCCCCGCGCCCAUCGCAAAAACGCUCGAUCUGAACCAGCUGACUCAUGUUACGAACUCUGGCAAUGAAGCACACGAAGAAAGCAAGUGCUACCAAAUGUAG